CUUCCGUCUCAUCUGCUUUCUCACAGACCUCAUCUCUCCCCUUCUCUCUGCUAAUUUGAGCUCUCAUUCAUUCUCUCUGAAACCUUCAAGUCAAAAACCAAGCUGCCCAGGUUGCUCCACCAUGUUCUUCCCUUAAAACCUCCUACUCUCCCUCUAAAUUCAGACCCACCCAGAACCCAUAAUGCCCUUAAGUCUCUCACCGAACUCUCUCCAUCCCUCCACAUUGGCAUUUGCCCAAAUUUUUUCACAAAACUCCAACCUUACACAGCCAUGGCUUCCACACGUACUUCUUCGGAGGCGACCCAUGACCCGAAUUUCCUGCGUUUCGACCCGACCCAAAAGAAAACCGGGAACGAAGACCGAGGACCCGGAUGUGCGUGAGGUGGUUCGUAUGCUCAUGAGGAGUUUCAGUGACAAAGAGCCCUUGUUGAAGACGCUCAACAAGUACGUUAGGAUUGUUAGAACUGAGCAUUGCUUUCUGCUUUUUGAAGAGCUUGGGAAGAGUGACGAGUGGCUUCAGUGCUUAGAGGUGUUCAGAUGGAUGCAAAAGCAGCGCUGGUAUGUUGCUGAUAAUGGCGUCUAUUCGAAACUGAUUUCGGUUAUGGGAAAGAAAGGCCAAACUCGGAUGGCCAUGUGGCUCUUCUCUGAGAUGCGUAAUAGUGGGUGCCGGCCUGAUACUUCUGUUUACAAUGCACUCAUCUCAGCCCACCUCAACAGCAAGGACAAAGCAAAGGCUUUGGACAAAGCUCUCAGAUACUUUGACAAGAUGAAGGGGAUGGAACGGUGCCAACCCAACAUUGUGACAUAUAAUAUUCUUUUGAGAGCUUUUGCACAAUCUCGAAAUGUAGAAAAAGUUAACUCUUUGUUUAAGGAUCUUGAUGAGAGCAUUGCUUCCCCUGACAUCUACACGUAUAAUGGUGUAAUGGAUGCAUAUGGGAAAAAUGGGAAUAUCAGAGAAAUGGAAUCUGUUCUUUCUCGCAUGAAAAGUAAUCAGUGCAAGCCUGACAUCAUCACCUUCAAUUUGCUGAUUGAUUCAUAUGGGAAGAAACAACAAUUUGAUAAGAUGGAACAGGUAUUUAAGAGCUUACUUCGUUCCAAGGAGAAACCAACACUUCCUACAUUUAAUUCAAUGAUCAUAAAUUACGGGAAGGCAAGGCUUAAGGAGAAAGCAGAAGAUGUGUUCAAGAAGAUGAUUGACGUGAAAUACACACCAAGCUUCAUAACCUAUGAGAGUCUUAUCAUGACGUAUGGGUUCUGUGAUUGUGUUUCAAAAGCUAGGGAGGUAUUUGACAGGUUGGCUGACUCUGGAAAGGAGCUAAAAGUGUCAACGCUUAAUGCGAUGCUUGAUGUCUACUGCAUGAAUGGUUUGCCCGUGGAAGCUGAUAAGCUUUUUGUGAAUGGAAAUAGCAUUGGGGUGCGCCCAAAUGUAUCAACAUAUAAACUUCUUUAUAAGGCGUACACUAAAGCCAACAUGAAGGAGCUUCUAGAGAAACUGCUGAAGUGCAUGGACAAAGAUGGUAUUGUCCCUAAUAAGAGGUUCUUUCUAGAGGCUCUGGGAGCAUUUUUCUCUUCACCAGGGAGUCCAGGUUCCGUGACUGCAACCACUAGUUUGAGCAGGCCACAGGAUGGGCAAAAACUUAGGAGAAUGCGGAGCCACAUGUAAAUGACUUAUAAGAACGGAAGCUAAGUUUUGUAGAAAUUUAUUAGAAAGAGUAGCAACCUUUUACUCCGGAAAGUUUUGGUUUGUAUUAUGUAGUUCAUUCUUUUCUGUUCUUAACAAUGUAAGUGGUGAUGACACUCGUCUAUGGCCAGAUUGCUUAUCUGUGUAAACCCCGAUUGUUACAUUGAGUAUACUGUGUAUUCUUUGGUAACUUCUCAAAUAACUUACUAGGCAUUUGACAUA